GCGCGUUUAUUGGUACGGUGGGUACAACCUGAGAUUGUGCUGCUGAGAUUAGAGUUGACACUAUGGAAGGCGUGGCAACUCAAACUGUUUCAGGCAGCGAUCAUCUCAACUACAGUGUAGGUAUUAUAAAUAACCAAAUGUAUUGCAUACCACUGCCUAAAGAUAUCGAUGAAGUUGGAAUUCCUUGGAAACCAGACAGAAAAGAAUACAAAUCGACUGCAGUUGGGUAUGCGACCACUUGUUGUUAUAUGUUCAGAUUGCACGAAGAAAUAGUGGACUUCUUGGAUUACAUAUCUCCGACAGCGGAAGAGCAGUUUGUUCGCGAAAUGGUCGUUGCCAGAGUCAGAGAAGUUGUAUUAAGCCUUUGGCCGGAUUGUAAAGUUGAUAUAUUUGGAAGUUUCAAAACGGGACUGUAUCUCCCUACAAGUGACAUUGACAUGGUAAUAUUUGGUGAGUGGGAUGCUUUACCAUUGCACACUUUGAAACACGCAUUAUAUAAAAGUGGUAUUUCAUCAAAAAUCACGGUGUUGGAUAAAGCUACGGUCCCGAUUGUUAAAAUGACGGACAGAGAAACAAAUCUCCGCGUUGACAUUAGUUUCAACAUGAAGAAUAGUGUCAAAGCGGCAGAAUUAAUUUUGUCUUACAUGAAGACUUAUCCAUGCCUUCCAUACCUGGUGUUCGUAUUGAAACAAUAUUUGCGUCGACGGGGUCUGAAUGAAGUGUGGACAGGCGGAUUAAGUUCUUACGCACUUAUACUGAUGUGUGUUAGUUUUUUACAACACACAAUAUGUCCCGGCGUCCCGAUCGAUAAUAUCAACUUAGGCGUCUUGCUUGUGGAGUUUUUUGAACUUUAUGGACGACUUUUUAAUUAUAUGAAUACGGCCAUCCGCGUUACUAAUGGCGGUUGUUAUGUUCGAAAAGAGGUUGUGCAACGAAAUAUGGAUGGGAAUUUCCGUCCAUCGCUUUUUUGUAUUGAAGAUCCGCUCUGUCCGGGUAACGAUGUAGGACGUCGGUCGUAUUGCGCUCAUCAAGUUAAACGAUCUUUUGAACAUGCUUACUCUGUCCUCAGCAGUGCUAUACUACCUCAUUAUCGUAUUAUACAUCCUGAAAACGAUACCACAGUACUUGGGCGAAUUAUUUCUAUUCACAAAAAAUCAGCUGAAUUCCGCAAAAACAUUAUGAAGUAUGCUAGACGCUUGCAUCGGUCACUGAUAUACAGAACGUUGCCACCAUUUAAAAGGCCACAAUCUGUUUAUUCUGCGGCUACAUGGGUUAGUCGGUGCUUCAUAAACAACAUGCGUAGAAGCUGCUUAGAGGAAGAUGACCGACAGGACAGUUCGUCUGCACAGUUAUCAAUAACACCCGGUGCUCUUGAGGAUCUACCACCAGGUGUUUCACUUCCGCUUGUCUGGCCUCCCGAACGAAUUCCUAUUGUACCCAAGUUUGGAAAACCAUUUACUGUUUUUCUUACUGAUGAAGAUGUUGCAUCAGCUAGAAAGACUCCAAGUGUUCGUAGCUCUGGUAGCUGUGAUGAUCACGUUGAGGUGAUUAGUUCAGAUUCUUCAGGUGAAGAGGGAUUCAAAGCAAAUAGCAAUGGAGGAGAAGCUAAAGACGGAGAAUCUGUGAAAAACAAUAUACCGGCUGUUGAGCGUGCUUCCUUAACUACCGUUAAUCAAGUGGGAAAAAAGCACAUUUCAACUGUUAAUAAGGAUUCGUCUGGGUGUUCAUCACGUAAACCGCAUCAAGGUCGUAAACGACGCUGUGUACGUACACAAACACCUUCACAAACAAAUGUGAGUAACUCUACAAAACACACAGGAGCAGCUACAUCAAUCAAAGAUGACCGUACGAGUAUGCGAGAGACUACAUUCCCAGGACAGGGUACAACCUUUCAAAGUCGUAACCAUAGGAAAAGUAACUUUCAAAAGCCUUUUGGGAAAGUCCAUCAAAAUGCACUGCCUAAUGCUAUGAACUCUAGUAGAUCUCAGGCUGUUUCUACGCACCCGAGUGAUUCGAAUACUAAUAAUUUUUCUUGCUCUUCUCAAGCGCACAAACGCCAUGCAGCGAGUUCUAGGCGUACAAAGUAAAUGAUACAAGUUGUAAAUAGUUGCCAUAUGCGCAUCAUGUCUAUUAUUGGGGCUUAUUUUUAUGAAUUAAAAGUCAAUCUGAACGAAGAAUAUUCUUUUCAAUAAUUUCUCUUCAGGUGGCCUUCUUGUAACGACAACAAAUAUUAUAUUUUAUAAUUGUAAGAACCUGAAGAGAAAUUAUUGAAAAGAAUAUUCUUCGUUCAGAUUGAUUUUUAAUUCAUAAUAUGGGAAUUUUUCCACACUAUCAAAGCUUAUUUUUAUUCUUAUCCUUAUAAGAUAUCCCACCGAAAACUUUGUUUCCACUCUAUAUCUUAAAAAGAGUUUAUGAAACUUUAUCGACAUUUUGUCUUCCAAUAUGUAUGAUAAUAUUUUCCCCUUUUUUAUUAAACCUAAAAAUGAUGAAUGUCAUAAGCACGAACUGUGUGUGUGUGUGUUGAGGCAAAAACACAAAGAAAAAAGAAAUACUCAAUAAAUAAUAUGCAGUCAUGUCUAUUGAAAAGCAUUUUGUGCAAAACUCCCUGCUUUCUCACGUUUUGCUUGUAUUUUAUAUAUAUUUUUCUCUGUGUGCUUACAUGGGUGUUUACGUGUGCACUGCACAUUUAGUUUUUCUUUUUGUCUUUUGAACUUCCAAGAAACUGACACUGUGAUUUUGUGAAAUCCAUGCUCAGUUGCCUUUUGACGAAUCUAUCUAAUGCAUUCAAUUUGAUCUCAUACUCAAUGUGUUUAUGCAUAUUCUAGAUUUUCUUAUAUUUUACCCUAUUCAUUAUUAUUAUUAUUAUUAAUAAUAUUAUUAAUAUUAAUAAUAUUAUCAUUAAUAUUGGGAGAACUUCCCAGGCUUGUGUUAUACGUUGUAACAAGCUUGUGCUGUCCUCCUAAUGAUGAUGUGGCUGUGUGCUGUCAGAUAGUCAACUAAUAUGCAUUUUCUCCCCUCUUUUUUAUCAUGUUCACGUAUAUAUGUAAUAAUAAUAAUAACAAUAAUA